AUGUCUCUUUCUGCAGUUUUUCCAUUGUGCUGUGCCGUGCAGAACUAUGCCUGGGGUAAAGUGGGUCUGGACAGUGAGGUGGCCCGGCUGGUGGUCGGAGGUGAUCCUCAGACCAUCGUAGAGGAAGGCAGACCAUAUGCAGAGCUGUGGAUGGGUGCUCAUCCCAAAGGUGACGCUCUCAUCAAAGACAACAGGAUAUCCCAGAGGACACUUGGACAGUGGAUUGCAGAUUACCCAGGUUGUUUGGGGUCAAAGGUCAAGGACACAUUCCAUGGGCAACUCCCUUUCCUCUUCAAAGUGUUGUCAGUCAACACGGCUCUGUCCAUCCAGGCACAUCCCAACCGGGAGUUGGCUGCGAGACUUCACGCCCAGUUUCCCGAGCAUUACCCAGACGAUAACCACAAGCCUGAGAUGGCCAUCGCUCUCACACAGUUUGAAGGGCUGUGCGGCUUUCGGCCGGUGGGAGAAAUCAAGGCCUUUCUCAAAAAUGUCCCAGAGUUUCGCGCGCUGGUCGGUAAUGAAGCCGCUGAGGAGCUUCAGAACGCUGAAGGAGACCCCGAGCGAACAUCUCUUGCGCUGAAGAAAUGUUUUACACGCAUGAUGAACUGUGAGAAGAAACUGUUUGUUGAUCAACUCAACAUGCUGGUUAAACGGAUCUCAGAGGAAGAAGCUGCAGGAAAAGACACAUGCAGCAGUAACGGAGAACUGUUGCUACGGUUACACUCCCAGUAUCCCGGGGAUAUUGGAUGCUUUUCCGUCUACUUCCUGAAUCGGAUUGUUCUGCAGCCGGGGGAGGCCAUGUUUCUGGGAGCAAAUGAACCUCAUGCCUAUCUUUCUGGAGGUCAGAGGUCACCACACAGCUAUCCUCUACUAACAAAAAACUGUGUGGAGUGUAUGGCAUGUUCUGAUAACACUGUACGUGCUGGACUGACCCCUAAAUACAUAGAUGUGGACACACUGUGUGAGAUGUUGAAUUACAGCCCCACUCCUGUCAGCGCCAAAAUCUUCCCCUGCGUGCGGGACAACUCUGACCCCUGCAUCUACCUGUACGACCCUCCUGUGCCAGACUUCUCCGUCAUGAGGAUACAGAUUCCCGCCUCCAUGCGGCAGUACACUGUGAGUUCGCUGGAAUCUGCCGGAAUCCUAUUGGUUAUUGACGGAGAGGGCGUCGCCUCCUCUGCUGCCGCCUUCUCUGACAUCACUCUGAAGAGAGGCUCUGUGCUUUUCAUUUCAGCCAAUGAGAGCGUCUCUUUACAGUUGACAUCAUCGACUGGCAUGACCAUGUUCCGAGCCUGCUGUUUACUGUAGGAAACGUGCAAUCUUAAACUUCUUGUGUACCAACUAGUGAAACUCAUUUUAAAAUAGAAAUCACGUUCCCAUGUUUUUGUCUUUCGUAAAAUCACCAUGAACUUUGUGCCGAAAAUUACACAGCAUGACAAAUAAGCUCUCUUUGGUCGGAAUUUUAAGAUUAUUGUGAUAUUUACUCUGCUAAAAUUGCCAUGGGUAUCAAAAAUGAAUAAAUAAUGAAAUUAUGAUUGAAGUUCUCCAUAUUAAAAUCUCUGUGCAUGUCUUUUUAAAAUAUGUAAAAGAAGUCAUGUUUAAGUUUUACCUGGAAGUCCACAUGAAACAGCAUUCACAACCCAUUUUUCUUCUGUAAUGCAACCGUGCAUUUCGAAGUGAAACGGGAUAUUUAUCAAGAGAAAAAAAAUGUUGGGCUAGCGGGACUUGAUUUUAUCCAUUGGGAAUUAAAAAUAAAGAAUACAGCUAGACUAUUUUUUUCUUUGGAAUAACAUGCACUAAUGACUCAUUCACAAUAGGACCAGAAAGAUAAAGGAAAAGUAAAUGGAGUAGAUUUUAAGUUCACGUUAACUUGAAUAUGUAUGUAUAAAUUAAUCUAUUGGGAAUGCACGGAUGCAUGAUUACGAUUUUUUGGCUGCAAAACGUGCAUUUUAAAAGCGAAUUUUGUUCCAUUAGAGAUUUUUCGUAACACUUAUUGCACAUGCAAAACUAUAAAACAAAUAAUUAAAUAAAUAACAGCUGGUGAACAGGGGCAUUAAUACAUUUGACCAAAAAUAAAUCACAUCUGGCAAAAAGGGAAUUUAAACCAAUUUUAGCUUUUUUAAGACCAAUUUUUUUUUUUUCAUGACGUAACUGUUAAAACAAUGUAUCUUUGUUGAUAAGGGCACAAUGUAGAAAACUUACAUUAUUUGAUGAAUUUAUACACUAAAUAUUUGCACAAGUUUUGUGAUUUGAUUACCAGUGAAACCCUGGGUUUUUAAAAACCCUGCAACCUGCCAAAGUUUUUCCAGAAAUGUGAAACAUGGUUCCUGAUGUCCGUUCUCCUUUAUUAGUGACUAUGGCUUUAUCUUGUGUGAUUUUGCUUUAUUACUGUAGUCGCUGUUUGCACAAGCAGUGUUGAGAGUGCAAAGGAUGCUGGAAAUUACCGCUGUCCUGAUGUUCGUUUACUGUAUCUUUAAAUGCCCUUUUGACAUGUGGUUCUGUGAUCCAGAUUCUUAAUGUUAAUGAACACUAUCCUACCUGCAGACCCAAACCCUGUUUGUUCUCGAGAUUAUUUGUAUAUUUUAAGGAGCUGUGUAACUAUAUUGUUCAAUCUGAAGUAUUGUGGGAUAAAAGCAUGUAUUAUAUGGGAAAGCAAAGCAGGUAAUGUUAUGAAUGAAUGAAUGUACCGGCACUUUUGAGCUGUAAUGGAGCAUGUGUUCUGAUACAAGGAAAUGUGUAUGUAAUCCCUAAUAAAACAGUUCUGUA